UGGAGUGAAUGGAUUUAAUUUCCUUUUAAACUACCCUUCUAUUGAUUCCAAUUGGUUAGCGGCGAACUUCAAAGGCACGGCAAACUGACGCGAUUGGCGGGCGGUAAUUCCAAAGAGGUUUCAGUAUGGGAUAGAAAUCGGAAUCUUCUCAAGAAAAAUGUUAACUUUAUAAAGAACUUUAACAGCGAAGGGUGGAGAUCUGUGUUCGACUUAACACUUCUCAGUGAAUUUAUCGUAGUUGACGGAUUUUACUAACCGCACUGAGGAGUGUUCUCAGGGCUUUUUCACGCCAGGCGACAAAAAAGUGUGUUUGGAAGUGCAGCCUUGCAGCUCCUGUUGGACCACCGUGAGAGAUCGGAUGUUUAAAACAAGAAAUCUGACUGUCUACUACUCCUCAACAUGGCAACGGCUAUAGCGGCUCCUCGUCCAAUACACUUUCAUCCGCAUACGACAAUGGCGGGCAUGAAUAUGAAGAUAUCUAUGAGAAAUGUGCCGGACGUAACUCCUGGAAACUUUCUUAGAUUAUGUGCACCGGAAGUACAUAGACCAACUCCUAGUCUUCCUCAUCCAGCAUGGCGGCCAUCACCGGAAGUACACAUCCAGGAAAUAAUGUCUUCAUCUUUACGAACGCCUCUUCAUCCGCUACAGCACAUGCGCCAACAACAGGAACUAGCUAUGCAGGCAAGACAACAGGACCAGUUACAAUGUGAACAGUUUAACUUUGAACUCCAUCAAGCGCGACUUCUCCAACAAAACGUCAUAGCGACCGGAAGACAGUUUCUACCAACACCGUCCACAAUGUCGCUACCUCCCUCCAUGGGGAAUCCCCCAAUCUCACCUCCAGUGUCUCUGGUGCAGCAGCAAUGUAACACCCCGAAACAAUUAUCCCCCGCACCAGCUUCAGAGGCGGACAUCCCUUGGUGGAGUGUGCAAACUAGCACUACACCGGUUCCGCCGGAUGUUAAACCAGAGAUCCACUCCCACUUUCUGUAUGCACAGCAGACAGGGGGCGUGACCGAUCUUCAGUACCACGCCCAUAUCGCCUCUGUCAUGCAUGGAAUGAAAUCAGCGAUAACGCCAACUCGACGAUGCAGGCGUUGCAGAUGUCCAAAUUGUCAAAAUUCGAAAAACUCUGACAAUCCCGCAAAAAAGAAACAACACAUUUGUCACAUUCCGGGUUGUGGAAAGGUGUACGGGAAAACGUCGCAUCUGAAAGCUCAUCUCCGCUGGCAUUCGGGGGAGAGGCCAUUUGUGUGUAAUUGGUUGUUCUGUGGGAAGAGUUUUACGCGAUCCGAUGAACUACAGCGUCAUUUGCGGACGCAUACUGGAGAAAAGCGGUUCGGCUGUCCAGAAUGCGGAAAGAGAUUCAUGCGCAGUGAUCAUUUAAGUAAACACGUGAAAACACACGAAAACAAAAAACUGAAACAAUCAUCAAUCGAUUCGAGCGAGGACGCAUGCGCUGUCGAUAGUGACGAUGAGGAUGUUGAUGUAGAUGGUUUAGAUGACGAUUCUGAUAUUAUGGACGAAAAUGUCGAUAUAUCUGGUGAUUUUUCUCCGAACUGAUUUGUACUGGAGAUUAAUAGAACUGUGAUAUUAGUUCAAGUGCUUGCAUAAAUUUAUUUUUGUUCUUUCAAUGAAAAUAUCUAAUUAUUAAAACAGUGCUUGGCUUUAUUUUCAAAAGACCAUAGUAAUUUUGUUUUCAUUUUCAUAUUAAUUGAGUUGUAUUAUUUUGAAUUGUGCUGGAUAUUACUUGAAAAUUGAUUGACAAGUUCGGAGAUUUUUGUUUUUAUUUAUUUUAAUUUUAAAUCUAUUAUGUAUAUUUGUCUGUAUAAACAGUCAGCCUUCGUUAUAACGAUCUCAAAUACAUCAUGUGUGACACAAGGAACAAUUAAACCCUUUAUCUCGAUAUUUGUGGAAUAUCAUUGAUCUCAAGAAUUAUUGCAAACCCUAUAUCUCGAUUUUUGGUAUCGUGUUAUCUCAAUAGGUGUAUAGUGCUUUUACCCAAUAUCUGAGAUACUUUUAUCUCGAAAUUUGAACUGCUAUAUCGUCGUCUUUGAACAAAUGUAAAAUAUAAAAAAAAAUUAUACUUUCUUUCUUUAUUCCUUUUAACUCGAUAUCUGUUCAAUUUCUUAUAUCGUGUUAUAUUCCAUUCAUCUCUGUUUCCAUAAAAUCUCAUCUAUCUCAAAUUGUAAAUUCCCUUAUAUCUCGACAUCUGUAAUAACCCAUUUACUACAUCCCCUUGUUAACAGUUUUUUUAUGAUCAAUGUUGAUUCGACAAAACGAGGGCCGACUGUUUAUAUACAUAUAUGAAGUUUAGUGCUAUCACUGGUGGAAAAAAAUCUAUUGACGACAAAAUAAAAAAAAUUAACAAUAUAUCAAA